AUGCGUCUAAGCGAUGACGCAACUUCAGAACAUACCUCGGUAUCAAAAGCCCAUAUCAUAUGCACAGUAACGAUCUCAACCUCCGACCAAACCGACCACAAUAAGAACCAACCACAACAAAGAGUCCCUCAAUUUCCCAAUCCUCACAUGCCAACAACAAGAAGCCAGAACCGCGAAGCAGACAUGGAAGCAGCACUCAAGACAUUCUUCUCUUCCCCGCGUUUCGCCGUCGCAGGCGCAUCCUCUGACCCCAACAAGUACGGCCACAAAAUAUUUGCAUGGUACCUACGGCACUCCCUACCCGUGACGCCGAUUAACCCGCGCGUCCCAACUGUCAAUAUACUCCAACGCGAGCACACCACCGUUGCGUCACCAAAGGCACUGACUGACCCGCCGGCAUCUGCGUACUCGCUGUCAGUGAUUACGCCACCGGCGGUCACGUGGCAGCUUUUGAAGGAGGCUAAGGAGGCUGGUGUUCCUGCGGUGUGGUUGCAGCCGGGGAGUUUUGAUGACGAGGUGUUGGCAUAUGCGAGGGCGAACUUUGAGGCGGCGAUUGGGGGGGACGGAGGUGGGGGGACGGAGGGGUGGUGUGUGCUUGUUGAUGGGGAGGAGGGGUUGAAGCUUGCUGGGAGGGAGUGGUCGAGGUUGUGA